UAUUUUUACCAUGUGCACACUAGGCGCGCGGUUUUGCACGCAGGCAGGUUUACUAAAGGAAUGAAACCUGUUGAGUGGUUACAUUGGCAAGAAUAGGGCUUGAAUGCCACUGACAGAGGGUAAGGGUGGUGGCACAUGCACUGGUUAUAUUGGGUGAGGAUGGGGCAUUGCAUUGUGUGGGCUUUGAUCCUCCCUGCUCUGUGCAGUAGUACAGUCUGCUAGGGGGAGGGAGAGCAGAGACAUGCCAGACAGCUGAUCCUCAGCUACACAGGCAGAACAGGGAGAAGGCAUCCUCCUUGCAAGAUCACAGAGGCUCACUCUCUCCCAGGGCAGGAUUUAGGGGACCUGGCAUGAACCCCCAGCAGUGACCAGUGCUGCCAGGACAGGGGGCACAUUGCUUUUUGCUGUGGUUAUCUGGACCUAAGCUGCCAGCUGCAGGAUGGCAUUCAGCCCCUGGCAGAUGUUGUCACCAGUCCAGUGGGCAAAAUGGACAUGGUCAGCGGUGAGAGGUGGCGGAGGGGAGACAGGAGAGGAUGAGGAGGAGCAGGAUUCUGGAUCAGACUCGGAAGGAAACUUUGACACACCUGAAGCCGAAACUCCGAUCCCGUCACCUGUCAAAGAACAAACUCAAGGUUUGACAGAAACAAAGAAAGAGGUCACCAAACUCCUAUCUCAAUUAUCUCUUAAUGAAAACAACAAUAUAUCAAGUAAUGGAACCUCAGAACUAGACUUUGAAACCAAGGUUGACAGAUUUACAAGUGCACCUGAUGUCUCCUGUGACAAUGCCACCAAGACAUCAAGUAAUACAGUCCAAGAAUCUAUUCCCGAGAACACAAUGGUGCAGCCACCUGAAGAUCCAUGUGUAGUUAAAUGUCUUUUUCCAUCAAGUGACAAUGAUACUCAGAAAAAAAUGGUAGAUGGAGAACAUGUGGAAGCAGGUGAUGAACCGUUUGGUAAUAAUAAUGACCUACAGAAAGAGAAUAGUUUAGUAAUGGAUUCUUCUGAGAGAAAUGUUGACCAGGACUCUUUAAAGGAAUCUUCUGAAAAUGUCAAAAAAGAUCCACCAAAAGAAGUUCGGAAAUCUGUCAGUAAACUUCCAUCAAAGAUACCACAGGAAAACAUUCAAAAGAAAAUAACCAAGAAUGGAGAUAUCACUACCAACCCAGAGGAUGUCCCUCUUUCAAAAUCUUCCUAUAAUUUUGACCCUAACCAGUGGGAUGACCCCAACUUCAAUCCAUUUGGUGGAAAGUCUGCAUUGCCUCCCUCUCCUACUGUCACUAGGGCACCAACUGGAUUCAACAAAGACUUUAAUGAUGACUCUCUGGAUCAUCUUAAGCCUUGCAAGACACUGUCCAGCUCUGAAACCGAUCUUUCCAAGGAACCUAAAGCAAGAAAAGGAACUGGAAGUGCCCAAUCAUCUCCAAAGUUGGGAAGAUCACGUCUAAUCACGAACAGCUGUAAAGUGCAGAGUUAUGAAGGAUCCUGUUUGGUGUUAGAUGUUUGCAAUCAGCAAGAAGAUGGUUCCCCCAGCAUCGAGAAGCGAGAAGGUCAUGCUACAGAUGAGGAGAAGCUGGCUUCUGUUCCAGCACCUAAGCCGACUGGCACUGGGAUCAAAAGUCAACAAGAGGAGGACCAGGAGUUCUUUGAGUGCCCCAAUGACUCUACUUCAGUUUCAGGAUCAGGAAAGCAAUCAACAUCUGUGGAGGCAUCUGAACCUUCACCUCAAAUCAUUAUGAAGGAGAUUGAAGCCAAGGACUGGCAGGUGAAGUAUGAGCAGAGCCAUGCAGAGGUGCUGGAGAUGAGGAAAAUUGUUGCUGAAUAUGAGAAAACUAUUGCACAAAUGAUUGAAGAUGAGCAGAGGAGUAAGAUGUCUUCCCAGAAGAGUCUACAACAGGUCACCCUAGAGAAGGAACAAGCCCUCGCGGAUCUGAACUCAGUAGAGCGAUCUCUAUCUGACCUUUUCAGGAGAUACGAAAACCUCAAAGGUGUCCUGGAAGGAUUCAAGAAGAAUGAAGAGGCUCUGAAGAAAUGUGCACAAGAUUACUUAGCAAGAGUAAAGCAAGAGGAGCAGAGGUACCAGGCCCUGAAAGUCCAUGCAGAAGAGAAGCUGAACAAAGCCAACGAGGAGAUUGCACAAGUUCGCACCAAGGCCAAAGGAGAGAGCGCAGCUUUGACAGCAGGACUACGGAAAGAGCAGAUGAAAGUAGAGUCGCUGGAGAGAGCACUGCAACAGAAGAACCAAGAGAUAGAAGAGCUGACAAAGAUCUGUGAUGAGCUAAUCGCCAAGAUGGGGAAGACUGACUGAUGUCCUCCCACCACCUCACAAUGAUCUUCCUUGCCCCCACAUGGCUCCCAACCAGCAUGAGUCCUGUAACGUUCAGAGACUGUGGACCCAACUCCUUCCUACGAGACGUGUACUGAUUGCUCCUGCCUUCUAAUACCAGCAGGAAGAACGCCCUUGGUGUAUAUUUCUGUAGGGACUAAUGAAUCCUCCUUGUUCUAGUGCAGAGCAUGUGUUGCCCGUGUACCAGGCUUUCCCCCCUAUUCUUAUUUGUUGGCAUCAAUAUGAUAGGUGCUGCUGGCACUGUGCUUGUCAGUAACCCAGGUACAACUGCUGUGUGGUGCUAGCAUGAAGACCAUUAGAUGCCCAUAACUGAUGCCCAGCUGAGGGUGACUAGGAUUAUGUAAGCCUCUUAAGCAGUAAAUGGCUUUUACUAUGCAGUAAAUCUUAUCUGCAAUGUUGACAGGGACCCUAUAGUAUACGCUUACCACCCUGCAGAGUCCCGGUAAUCACCUAUUGUAUAUGACUAAAACCUAUAGAGGUAUCUAUCUGUUAUGGGCAGUCGUCCAUGCAUGCACCAGUCAGCAAAGGGUCAAUGUAAAUGCCACCAUAACAGUACCAUACACUUUUCACCCGGUCUGAUGCAACUCUGCGUCGUCUGAGUGUCUCUUAAGAGGAUUGGGCAGGAUUUAGCUGUGCUGACGAUGAUCAUAGAAUAUUGGCUGGUCCAAUAGAUAACAAGAAGCCUUGAAGCUCUGUUGGGGGCUUAUUGAAGACCACAGAACUGUACCUGUUUUGGACUUGAAGACAAAUAACAUGUAACCUCCUUUAAAGGGAUUAAAGACUUCACAAUUUGGCCAUAAAGGUGGAACUGUGGGGGUGAGGUUCCAUGAACCAGCUGAAGGUCCUCCUCACCAUUGCUCCACCUGCUUGACUGAACUAGAAAAUACUGUACUUAGUUUAUGGGUCUACUGUAUCCAGCCUCACAGAAGAAGACAGGAGGGGAGAGGUUUAGAUUAGUAGGACCAGAAAGAGCUUGGUGUGUAGCUACUUGGAUUGGCUGCAGUUUCAUCCUGCAAUCUGUUGUAUACAGUAGAUACCUAUAUAGCCAUGCACUUGCACCUCCAAAAUGUAUUGGCAGUGCAGUCCAUGCCAGUGCAGGCAAAUGAGGGACAACUUGGCUGUCCCAUAAUUAGGGAAUUCAGCCAUACUAAUGCUUAAGAGUUAAAUAGUAGGGGGCAGUUCAGAAGUGGAGCACCCCUUUAAGAGCCAGGUAGUCAUAUUGUAGGAUGUAGUUUUGCACAGAACAAGGCCAAUUGUCACUUGGUCUCCAUGAGUCUUAAAAAUCUGUCAAGUUUUCUCUAAGAGUUAGGUUUGAUAUCUUCCCCCGCGCCCCCAAAAAUGCCUUGUGGAGGUCUAAGGGAUAACUUAGUCAACUGUCUCAAUCAUGCCAUCUGUGGGGCCUUCAUGGAAUUCGGUUAUCAUCUCGUCUGCAUCGUGGCCCCAAGGAGCUUGACCAGUUGUCAGCUGAUGGUUGCAAAUUCAUUUUCAAAAACCCCCAGUGGCUGUUUGUGAUCACCAGGGGGGAAUUGUGGUUCUCGAAAAAUAGUCAUGUGGCAUUCAUAUGAGUGGUUAACAAUGCAGAAGCUGAGUCCACCAGAGAGAGAGAGAUCCUCUUAGUGAGUGGCUAAUAGAGGGGGUUCAUCAACAUCAGGCAUGCUCAACCUGCGGCCCUCCAGCUGUUGUGAAACUACAACUCCCAAAGUGCCCUGCUGUAGGCUGAUAGCUGUAAGCUGUUCGGGCAUGCUGGGAGUUGUAGUUUUGCAACAGCUGGAGGCCCGCAGGUUGAGCAUGCCCGCUCAACAUCCAUAGGCUUAUAAAGAGUGUAUGAAAAGAGGUUGUUGAUGAGAUAACCCAUUUAAGUAACAUUUUAGGGUUAGAAACAUGGCCUCAGUUAAAGGGAUUUUUUGGUCCUUGCAUAUUAGAUUGUCGGGGUCCAACACCCAGCAGCCCCAUCGAUCAGUUGUUUCAGAUAUGCACCAGAAGCUAUAGAGUGGACAGAACCAGAAGCACAAGGUUCCAUCCACUGUGUAGGUAGCCAUUGCGGGGUACUGAAUGGGAGUUGAGCUGCAGUGUGCCAGAGGUGGUAUCUACACAGGGGACAGGGCUUUUCUGGUAGCUGCCCAAAACAGCCUAUCGUGGUGGUGCCAGGUGUCUGACCUUUCCUGAACAUAGGUUAUCAAUAUCCAAGUACCGGAAAAACCCUUUAAUGAGUUUUCAUUUCUUUUGCCUGGGGGUCCCUCUUCAAUCCCCCAUUUUCCUGACGCUCCUAAGGGUAUAUUCACCGUGUCUGUGUGGCAUAUUGGCAGUAUAUGUCGGACAGUGCAGUGUGAAUAAACCCCUAGGCCAGGCACGUCCAAACUGCAGCCCUCCAGCUGUUGCAAAACUACAACUCCCAGCAUGCCCUAAUAGCUGUAAGCUAUCCAGGCAUGCUGGGAGUUGUAGUUUUGCAACAGCUGGAGAGCUGCAGUUUGGACAUGCUUGUCCUAGGCGCUAAUGACUUUUCAAAUCCUUUCAAACUUUCAUAUCAACUUUGCCUUUGUAUCUUUAGACAACAGCUUAAAACUGUAAUCAAGCACCACGUUCCCCGAAACAUCGCCACUCGCAUCUAUAGGUGAUGCAUGGUAUUGCAGGUCAUCCCUAUUUAAGUGAUUGGGCGGAACUGAAAAAUCAGAGACACCCUAUGGAGGAGAGUGGCCCUGUUUCUGGGAGAAGAAAAGCAGAUCCUUGUACGUCCCCGUUAAGCUCCUCCAUCCCCCCGCUGGCUAUUUCAAGAAUGACGGUGCCCUUGAAGGGUCAUACAUUUUCUGCUGCUAUCCUUGUUUGCAAAAAUGAAUAUAUAUUAAAGGAUAUAUUUUUCCAGAUGUGGAAGCCAAAUAACCCUUUGCUUAUGGCGAGGUCUAGCCUGUUCUGAAAUACCGCAAUCUGGCUUCAGAAAUAUAUAUAUAUUUAACCGCAGGAUAUUUUAUAUACAGCAGAUCUUUUUAUAUGUGCAGAUGACUGACUAUUCUCACACAGACAAGAAGCAUUGACUAAUAUAUGAAGACAUAUAUGUAUACAGUAUAUAUAUAUAUAUUUUUCCUUGUGUGUAUAAAUGGUGUCUCUGAUCCGA